AUGGAGGCCAGAGCGCUGGAAUCUGAGCGCCGCCUGGCUUUGGCCCGCGGCGACGAGGCCCUGAAGCACGCCAUCGCCGCCGCCGAGCUGUACAUGCAGGCCGCCCGAAAGGCCACGACGAACCCAGACCGUGUCCGUCUGAACCGCAAGUGCAGCGACCUCAUCGCCCUGGGCGAGCGGCUUAAGGCCAAUGCCGCCGCUGCCGCUGCCACCUCCCGUGUUCCCGUGCCCGAGUCAACACGCCUGCUGCCAGCCGCCGAAAAGGCGAUCCUGCUCCGUUCCUCGCGCCUGCAUGGCAACAUUUUUCCCCCUUGGGAAAAGGCCCCUGAUCCGAGCUCCUUCUCGGAUGCUGACGCGGAUGGGGGCGCCUACAUUGACCCCACCUCCUAUUCUCUCUCGGCCGACCAGCAGGCCAUCUUCGCCGGCUGGCGGCGCCCGGCCGAGAUCGCGGCCGAGACUCAAGGCCGAGCAUCCACUGGAGAUGCCGCCUCCUUCAUAUCUGGGGGCUCCGAGAUAGAUCUGGCCCAGGAUCUCGCCACCGACUGCUCUGUCGUGGCUAGCCUGUGUGCUGCCGUUCGCCAUUUUGGGCGCAAGAAAGGCUCAUUGCUGCCCUCGCUCAUGUACCCCUAUAACCACGAGGCGAUGCAACCCGCCGUCUCUGAGAACGGCAAAUAUGUGUUCCGCAUGAACUUCAACGGCUGUUGGCGCCAGGUCGUCAUCGACGACCGCCUGCCUGUCUCGUCAACCACACGCACUCUGUACGUUGUCGACCGGCGCAACCCCCGGCUUGCCUGGCCGGCCCUGAUUGAGAAGGCGUAUCUGAAGAUCCGCGGAGGCUACGACUUCCCUGGCAGCAACUCGGGCACAGAUCUGCACGCCCUCACCGGCUGGAUUCCCGAGCAGAUCUUCCUCCAGAGUGACGACAUUGAGCUUGACGAGAUGUGGAAUAGAAUCAAACCGGCCUACGACCAAGGCAAUGUGAUCCUCACCCUCGGGACAGGCAAAAUGCUACCCGAAGAGGAGGCAGCGCUCGGCCUAGUCAAGGAGCAUGACUACGCGGUCCUUGACCUGAAGAUGGAUUCGCUCAACCGCCUCUUCCUAGUGAAGAACCCGUGGUACGAUAGCCUGGUGUGGACCGGCGUCGGAUCAUCGGCCAUUCUUGAUGCGCGCGCGAGAGGGCCGUCGUCGGAAAGCAGGACAAACAUGUUCUGGAUGACGUUUGAGGACGUGAUCCAGCAUUUUGACUCUCUGUACGUUAACUGGAAUCCGGCUCUGUUCAAGUACCGCCAGGACCACCACUUCACGUGGGAGGUACCGGGGAAGACGGAGGAGCUGGUUUUCACACAUAACCCGCAGUAUAGCGUGCUGCCGUCAUCCGGCCGUCCGGUCUGGGUUCUCCUCAGCCGGCACUGGCAGGAUGGCGAGCUUGACAUACUGCGCGAGCGCAAGGCGGACAAGGAUCGCCACGAUAGCUCGCUGGCCAAUAUGUCGAAGCAGCUGGGCUUUGUGUCGCUUGCUCUCUUUGGAACCACGCCUCCGGGCACCCGUGUUCCCCUCGCUGAUGGCUACCGCUGCCUGCACCAGGGCCCGUACGUCGACAGCCCAAACACUCUGUUGCGCUUCGAGCCCACACCGGGCUUGGCGCAGACGCUCGUUGUUGCACAGAGCGAGCUACCUCUACCCAAAUACUCCUUUACUCUUUCCUUCUUCUCCGACACCCCCUUGACCGCCUCUCCGGCAUCGGAGGUGCUGGAACAUCAAACCACUGUCUCGGGAGCCUGGACCUGGCGCACGGCAGGCGGCAGCGCUGCCCACGCCAGCUACCUCUCCAACCCGCAGUUUGCAAUUACGCUACCUCAGGCAACCCGACUCUCACUCGUGCUCAGCACCGACGUGCCCGAUCUUCCCGUGCACGUUGCUGUGCUCUUCUCGGGUGGCGGCCAGCGCGUCACUGCGGUGGCCGGGAGAGACUUACUAGGGUCCAGCGCGGAAUACCAACGGGGCUGCACGUCGGCAUCGGUUGCCCGCAUCGACGCCGGCACUUACACGGUCGUGGCCAGCACGUUUGAGCCCGGCCAGACGGGAAAGUUCUCCCUCCGCGUCUGCGCCGACGUCCCCGUGGCGCUGAAGCCCGUGCUCGCCGAUGCCGCUGGCCGCCUGCGCACGCCCGCACCCACCCUGGCCGUGUUUGACGAUGGCCAGCAGCGCCUCCGCGCCCGCGUCAACGUCACCCGCCUCACUCGCGCGGGCAUUCUCGCGCGCUCCUCCAAUCCCAGCGCGAGCUCUGUCGCCCCCGCAGCCCCCUCGGCGAUACGCGUCGCCCUAGAGCUCGGCACCGGGCCCCAUCGCAGGGUUCUGGUCGUGUCGGGCGACGGCGAGUUUGCCGACGCGUCGCUGGGGCUGCGCACCAGCGAUGUAGACGUCGAUCCCGAGACGGCUCGCGCACGAGGCGGGCUCUGGCUCGUCGUCGAGCAAAUUGGCGGUACUACCGCCAGCAGCAGUAAUAGCAGCACCAUUGCCGGCAGCAGCGGCCAGCGCUCAAAAAAGGGUGCCCAGAUCGAGGUGCUGAGUGACAGCCCGGUGCAUCUAGGCGCCUGGGAGCAUGUCGAGGAGGAAGAUGAUUAUUAG